UGUCUUUAUAUUUAGGUAAAAUACAGUACCUACCUACAAUUAUUUCAAAGUUAUUAUUCCUAAUACCUAUUCCUGUUGUCAUAAUAUUAUGAGGAAGAUACUCUAAAUAGAAAAUAAUCAAAAUGACACAGGAAAAUCGGACACAAAGGCCGGGAGAAGCAGCCUUACAGAAUAUGCAAUUGCUUAAGAAAGAGAGUUCCGUUUUUAAAGUUCCCAAAGUGCCCCCCAAGAAGAAAACGACAAAACAAUCUAAUAUUUUAGAUGAAGAAGUGUAUGUAGAGGGCAUAGCAAGGAUAAUUCAAAGAGAUUUCUUUCCUGAUUUAGAGAAAUUAAAAGCACAGAAUGAUUAUUUAGAGGCAACAGAGAAUAAAGACUAUGCAAGGCUAAGAGAAAUAGCGCGAAAAUACAGUGGAAAUAGACCACCCACAGAACCAUAUAAUACACCGGCAACAUUUGACACUCCAACUGUGGGCACACCCUACUCACCAUCCAAUGUAGAAUCCCCAGCUAUUUCAGCAAAGUCCACUCAUGGUGAUACAGAAAAACCAAAGGAUAUACUAGAAAAAUAUACAUUGGAUUCGUUUCUUGCAAUGCACACUAGUGAGGACAAUGCAAGCUAUGAUCGUGUGAUUGCACUUGAAGAUAAGAAACGCUCGUCAAAAUUCGCUUCCCAGAUGCAGGCAGAAGUGACGUCAGCGGCUCUCGCGGACGCAGCUCUCGCCUUGCCGUCUAUAGAGCAGCAAGCCGACCAGAGUGAGAGGCCGCAAGAGCUGGACACGUGGCGGUACCGCGCCAAGAACUUCAUAAUGUACGUGCCGGAGGGGCGCGCGGCGGAGGGGGCGCGCGCGGCCGCGCUGCAGCACCGCAACACGCGCCUGCACCGCCUGCCCUUCGACCCCGCAAGGGACAAGGAGGCCAUCAGCGCGCUGGCCAGGAACCAGGACGCCGCCGUGAAGGGGAAGAUAGGAGUGGACGGUGUCAGCAUAGUAUCAGAUAAGGCCACAGCCGAGUACUCGUUCGUGGCGACCCCCUCGCCCCGCCCGGGGGACGGACCCGAUCGGUCCCCACUGAUGACAUGGGGGGAGAUCGAGGGAACCCCCUUUAGACUGGACGGUGGAGAUACACCUCUACCAGCAGCUGGCGCGGGCGCUGCGUACCGCAUGCUGGAGUGCGGCGCGCGCGAGCGGCUCGCCCUGCAGCUCACGGAGCGCGGCGCGCGCACCCGCCGCACGCCCACCCCGCGCGCGUCGCCGCACAGUUUUAGAACGAACACUGAAAGACUAGCAAGCAUGUCGCCGGCAGCCAGGAAAUUAGCGGCAAAGCAUUUACUCUCCCCGCGUCUGAAACUUACACCUAAUGAUGUGGGGAUUCUCUCACACGCAACUCCCAAACGGACUCUGACACCGAGGACACCUCUCGUCACGACGCCGAGUGCAACGACUUCCUCUAAAAAUGUGUCAUCCACUCCAUCAACGUCUGCAAGUGACAGUAUCGCUGUUACGACGGAUAAAAAUAUCACAGAUAAUCUAUUACAAAUCAACGUAGCGAAGAGGACAAGAUUAAAAGCUCAGGAUUUCUUUAAUUAAGUGUAGCUUAUAGGAAAUACAUUAAUUAUGCACUA